GAUAGAGACAUGCCAAACUAAGUUCAUAGAUAUUAAUUGCUGGCACUAUGAAUCAGAGAGAGUAGAAAUAAGUGGGAAUAUUAAAUUAUGAUUCUAUGGCAUGUCCGCUUAUUGAAGUAUAUGUCAUUUUAGAAUAGACUAAGGCCGGACUUAUGCUGCCGGAAUGUCUCUCUGAAUUCAUAUUCUCAAUUCAUAAUCUGAAUUCUGGAAGCUUGCAAAUUCUAGAUAUUAAUACUCCGAAAAAAUCAGAAUUUGUGAGGUGAAUAGUGGAUUAGUAUGGAAUUAUGUGUUUUCUUAACUAAUAUUAUGAAUUGAGAGUAUGAAUUCAGAGAGCCAUUCCGGCUGUAUAAGGCCGCCCUUACAAUGAUGCUCUGUCUGUUCUUUCAGUUUUGAAUUCUUGGAAUGUUAAUCAUUCUGUUUUCGAAAUUUGAAAUGAUUCGAAUAUGCUUCAGUUUGAAACAAAGCUCUAUAAACAAUAUGUUUGUUUUCGUUACUCCGAGAACACCGAUUUUGGUCGAUUUUGCCCAAUAUCGAACUUAUCCGAGAUAUUUAUCUUCCAAAUCUACUCUGAAAAUUUAAACUGUCAUUCCGUUCGACAGUUAUCCUGUUCAAGGACGAUCGGCCGGACAGAAUGGAUUUUGACCACGGAUUCCUGAUAGCGAGUCGAACCAAAACGUUUUAUACCAUAUUCAACCAAAUAUUCGAAAAUUACAGACAUUUAGGCAAAUUGAUAAGCACUCAGCUGUUCCGAUGAACAAUUGCGCCAAAAAUACAAAAUGUGGGAAAGCUUACUCCGAAGCUGCUCUUAACAACUUUUCAUUAAAGCUUCGGAGUAAUUCCUAUUAAAACUGUCGAGUAUGUCGAUCAAUAGAAUACGGUCCUGUCCUAAGGAUUUCAGAUUUCAGCGAAACAGUUGUGAGUUCCAGUUGAUCCAAAUAUUAAAAUAAUAAGGUUGCUUAGAUCACUUAUAGAGCAUUAUUGACUACUGUUUGGCUAAUUGACGAUCUUUUUACGGCCUUAUAAAGCAAGUCCUCAUGGAAUAAGAAAUAUAAUUAUGAUUAUGUGAUAGUUAAACUUCUUAUUGUAGUGAUAGUCUUAGAGAAAUAGUCUAUUGUCUCUCGUGAUAGUGAUUGGGUCGCAGCAAUUUGGCGCUACUGAGGAGAGGAGGUGAAAUCCAUAGAUUAUUCUGGAAUAAAUAUACCGCGUAAACUUAAUUUAACAUAACCUAAAAUCAAAUUUGUUCUGAACUGCUUGGCAAAUCUGAGUGCCGACUGUGACGAGUGACCUGUUUAAGUUAGAAAAGAAAAUGCAAGACAUGUUCAAGAUCGUCCAAACUAUCGAAAGGGGCUUGAAACAGCUAACAAUUGUUCCUUCGGGAUGGGAGUAUAAUAAUCAGCUUCAUUGGCCAAAAUUAGGGGCUGAGAAGCUGAUCAGGACUGCUAAUUCCUUACCAGAAGCAAACUGGUUCACAAUGGCUUGCAAAUUAAAAAGGAACCACUUAUUUAACUAUGAAAUUGCUGAAGAGGAACUAAAUCGAAUGUUGGAAAAUGACGAUACUGAACAAGAGGAUAUUUUAGAGGUCCAGACUAAAAAGAGACCGAGCGUGAAGCUGCCAAAGUCCAUAUCUAGCGAACAUAAUUUUAAUGAAUUGGCCAAUAAAUGUAUGUUGACUGCUUCUUUGGAAGAUUCUAGGGUGAAAUCUUCAAAAACAGAGUUGGAUACUGAAGUACUCCUACCCCAAAAAACAAUCCAGCAAAUUAUACCAGAUGGAUUAAGAACAGAAAAAUCCUCUCUAGAUGCAGAAUUGAUGGAAAAAUUUGAGAGCUUGAUAAUUAAUCAAGACAUAAUUAUGAAUAACCAGAAACUAAUUCUGGAAAGAGAAGGUCAUUUAUCUUAUCUAGAAAAUAUAAUGCAACUCCUUGCCAAAUUACAAACCAGUAUAGAUGUUAUGGCUAGUCAUUCAAUUAACAAUAACUGUACAUGUAACACUGCAACUCAGAAUAAUAAUAAUAUUGAUGAUAUCUUUUUCGAGCCAAUAGACUCUUUAGCGGUACUUGAGAAACUGGAGGCCAAAUUGGCUAAUAAGAAGGAAAUGGAAGACUUAAUACAAAAGUUUAGUUAUGUAUGUGGAAGAAAGGGAUGUGGAAAUGGAACCAAUAACUGCUAUAUUUUGGUGGACAAAAUAUUCUCUAGAAAAUUCAUGACUCUAUGUUCUUGGGCUGGAGGUGCUAAAGAUCCUGGAAAAGAGAAAAUUCCAUUCAAAUUUUUCAAAAAUGUUAUCGGAUUAUUUUUUCGUGUUGUGAGACUCUCCGAUGAAGAUUUUACCUUGAAAAAUUGCGAAGAGUUUUUCAAGGCUGUCAUCAGAAACUCAACGAAAAGGAAUGAGAGUAGCAUGACACGAACAUCAAGGAGCAAAAGGAGGCCCAAAAGUCUUUCUUACAAGAUUAAGAACCCAAAGAUUGAAGAAAGUAAUGUUAUGGAACUAAAUGAAUUAAUCAUCAACGAGGAGAACUUUCUAAGUAGUUAUGUUCUGGUUGGAAAUGAGGAUUCUACAGGAGUAACAUUAGAAGAGAUGGAACAGGUGAAUGGAGAGGAUAGUGAAAAUGAAUGAGUGCAGAUUAUAAAUUAUUAACUUAUUUUAUUUGAAUAUUUUGUUGAUUUUUAGUUUACAAGAUGAAAAUUAUUUAUUUUCAUGUAAAGUGUGCAAUAAAGGAAUAAAAAAAAAUUCA